AUGCUGUGGAUAAUAUUCAUGUUGCUGUUAUUCAUCAGCUCCAUGGAAAUGCUCACGCAGAACCGAUGGAAGAAGCAAGCAAGCGCCGGCCUGCUGGAGAACUGCACGGGCUGCGUCCUGUGCUCGGAGGACAACGGCUGCAUCACCUGCCACCACCGGCUCUUCCUGCUCAUCUGGAGGGACGGCAUCCGCCAGUACGGGAUGUGCGUCCACACCUGCCCCCCCGGCUACUUCGGCGUGCGGGGUCUGGAGGUCAACAGAUGCACAAAGUGCAGGUCGCCCAGCUGCGAGAGCUGCUUCAGCAGAGACUUCUGCAUGAAGUGCAAAGACAAGUUUUACUUGCACAAGGGCCAGUGCUUUCGGCAGUGCCCCCCCAGCACCGCGGCACAGCCCGGCACCCGCGAGUGCCAAGAGACGUGCGAGCCGGGGCCCUGGAGUGAGUGGAGCGCCUGCACCCACGAGGGCCGGACCUGUGGCUGCAAGUGGGGUGUGGAGACGCGGGUCCGGGAGGUGCCGGGGGCCGCCCGGGAGGAGGGGGCCGCCUGCCCCGCGCUGCUGGAGACGAGGAAGUGCCGCAUGAGGAAGCACUGCCCGGGAGAGAAAACCGAACCCAAAAAUAAAGGCAAAAAGCGACAGAAGAAGCCGAAGACAGAACCGCACACGGGUACCUAG